AUGAUUACUACACUCAUACUUACAAAGGAUCUAAGGGAGAACACGGAGACAAUGACAGAUUCUCAACAGAAGUACAUGCAGUUACAGAACGAGAUCACAGAAAUGAGAACGGCAGAAAAAAAUUACAGAAGGAGAAUGCACCAUUUGGAAGAUGAACUGGAAACAAUGAAGGAAGUAUUAAAGCAAUCAGAAGAAGAAGUGGUUAAUAUGAAAAAGGAAAGAAAAGUGCAGAUUGUUUCCUAUCAGAACAGAAUUGAACAGCUCCAGGAAGCUCUCAGAGAAAGCAUGCGGAGUGAGGACAGCUGGGAAACAAAGAUGCAGAAUGAAUUGGAAAAUCAAAACCAAAAAUACUUAUUAAAGCUCGAGGAAACAAAGAAGCAACUUCGCGAAGAAGCAAAUAUGGAAUUGGCGAUUGAGAGACAAAAACACCAGGAAAUGAUAAAGAAUUUUCAAGACAAGAAUGAGAUACUAGAAGGAAAGAUACCUUCACUUAUAUCCAAGGCAUGUGAUGAGCUGCAGGCAGAGGUGAACCUGCUGAAAAAAAGCUUACAAGAAGCUCAGAUGAGACUUACUGAGAAAGAUCAAGCUAAACAUGAUGAGGUUGCAAACCUAAAGAAGAUAGUUUCUGAGCUGGAACUUCGAUUGAGAAAAGAACAAGACCACAACAUCUCUGUUUUGGAAGAAAUGAGAAAAGACAUCCACACAAAAGCUGAGAAAUUGAAAGAGCAGAAUUUAAACUGUGCAGAACUGAGACACCACCUGGAUCAGGCCAUGCAAGAGGUUGAAUUCCUUAAAGAAACUGUGCGCAUGGAGUGUGAAGAACGCUAUGAACUCACUGAGGCCUUGACAAGGGCUAAGCAACAACUGCUUGAAAUAAAAAGAGGCAGUGGAAACUUCCCAGUAUCACAAAGGCCAUUUACUCCAGACAAACCAGCUUCAUCUCACAUCAUCAGUGGAACACAGAAGAAACCUCCUCUAACUUUACCAACCAGUAAUGGAACCAAACUAAUGAGCUUAACCGGGACAUAUGGGUCUGCCAGUGCCACCAACUUUAACAAGCUCAGGCAGAGUAGUGGUAGUAGUUUACCUAUGCUACCGUCACCACAUCCACCAAAAGAGAGGACAUCUUCUUUGACUGAUACACGGCAGAAAAUAACUGCAAUUCUGAGGAGAAAUUCUACUCGGCCAUAAAA